AUGUCACCAGCCUGCAGACCAGGUGUUAAUGAGGCCUUGCUGUGCAUCGUCCUUUUAUCAGGGCUCUGUUCAUGCCUUCAUCAAUACCAAUUCAUUGAUGAACUGAAGACUUGGGGUGAAGCCCAACAGCACUGCAGAGAAAAGUUCACUGACCUGGCUACUGUGGACAACAUGGAAGACGUGGCUCAACUGAUUGCAGCUGCUGGCAGUGGCUACAGUGGAAGAGUAUGGAUUGGUCUGUAUGACAAAUCUAGGAGCUGGACGUGGUCGAUGAGAGAUGAUGGCUACUAUGGAACCAACAAUGAGCCCUAUAUCAGGUGGAAAGCUGGUCAACCAGAUAAUGGCAGAGCAAAGUGGAAGCUAUGCAGCACUGUAUAUGGAGGUGAACUGUAUGAUACGUCAUGCUCCUUCCGUCGCCCUUUUGUCUGCUAUGACAAUUCAAACACUUCUUCUCCUCCAAGAUACGUCUAUAAGUCCUGGAGGAACCUGACGUGGGAAGAAGCUCAGAGCUACUGCAGGAAGUUCCACACAGACCUGGCCUCCACGAGGAAUGCAGAAGAGAAGACACGGGUCCAGCAGGCUGUAACAGGAAAUGUGUUUGCUUUUGUUGGCCUGUACAGAAGAACCUGGCCCUCUUGGUCUGAUGGCACAGAGCAAGAAUUCAAAAACUGGCUGACAGGACGCCCAUUAGCUAACGCUGGAGACUGUGCUACCAGUUUGAUCGGUGCUGCUGAUGCUGGAAAGUGGGUUGAAGAUCAUUGUGACCAAAAACUUCCUUUCAUGUGUCACUAUGAAAAACAGCAGCAGCUUUGGAUCAAGCUGAAGGCUCUGAAAUCCACAAUGGACCUGAAUGACCCUGCUGUGAUGGAGGCCAUCCUGAAACUGGUCAGUCUGGAGAAGAAGAUGAAAGAGAAAGGGAUCAAAGCAGGUUUCAAACUUAGAUGGAUCAAGAAGCCUGACAACACCAUCUUCCAGGAAGAGAAGGAUGAACUGUAA